ACGGUGAGACCAACAUCGCCGCCGCCGCCGCCGUCGCCAUGUUGGCUUGCAGCGAGGUGAGGUCAGUGCAGUGCAGUGCAGGGGGCGCCGGCCCGUCACUCCUCCUAUCACCGCACCCCCGGAAAGGAGAUUUACUUUAAAGAGAAAAAUAAAUACAUUUCUUCUGGUUCUUCCCCAUCUCCUGAGAGCCGGUGGUGCGACCGACGACAGAGGGGUUUCCAGACAGUGGUGAUACCAUCUCCAAAAUAUGCCUGUCGUAACUGGUAUAGACCUCGAUGCGAAUGGCUACAUCAAUUGUUGCUGCAGUAACAGAAGAUUCUGGGUGAACAGUUGCUCGCCUCUGAGGAAGGAACCUUGGGUAUAUUUCAGUGUCGGCUGCAAGUAUUUCGUUUGCGCAUUGGCAUGAAUCGUUACACUACUAUGAAACAACUUGGCGAUGGAACAUAUGGCUCUGUUCUCAUGGGAAGAUGUGUUGAUUCGGGUGAACUGGUGGCCAUUAAAAAAAUGAAGAGGAAGUUCUAUUCUUGGGAUGAAUGUAUGAAUCUCAGAGAAGUCAAGUCACUGAAGAAAUUAAACCAUGCAAAUGUAAUCAAGUUGAAAGAAGUUGUAAGAGAAAAUGAUCACCUCUAUUUCGUGUUUGAAUAUAUGAAGGAAAAUCUCUAUCAACUUAUGAGGGACAGGAACCGCCUGUUUCCCGAAUCAUCCAUAAGAAACAUCAUGUAUCAGAUACUUCAAGGUUUGGCUUUUAUCCACAAACAAGGAUUCUUUCAUCGUGACAUGAAACCAGAGAACCUCCUUUGUAUGGGGCCCGAACUUAUAAAAAUAGCAGAUUUUGGCCUGGCUCGUGAAAUUCGAUCUCGCCCCCCAUACACUGAUUAUGUAUCUACAAGAUGGUACAGAGCCCCUGAAGUUCUCCUUCGAUCAACAAAUUAUAGUUCUCCUAUUGACAUGUGGGCUGUUGGUUGUAUAAUGUCAGAGCUCUACACAUUAAGACCCCUUUUUCCUGGGUCUAGUGAAAUAGAUGAGAUUUUCAAAAUUUGCCAAGUUUUAGGAACACCCAAAAAGAACAAUUGGUCCGAAGGUUAUCAGCUUGCAGCCACCAUGAACUUCCGCUGGCCACAGUGUGUACCAAAUAACCUCAAGACUCUGAUUCCCAAUGCAAGUGGUGAAGCUAUUCAACUCAUGAGAGACAUGCUACAGUGGGACCCCAAGAAACGUCCAACCCCAAUCCAAGCACUACGAUAUCCUUAUUUCCAUGUUGGUCAAGCUUUGGGAACUCCUCAGCAAGUGCAAGAGCAAGGAAAUCAGCAAAGAGAAAUGCAGUGCAAACAUCCAGUUAAUCAGUUAAAGCCUCAACCCCAAUCCACGCUUGAACCUCAUCCACCCUCAAGGUCACUACAACAAAUUACACCCUCUCAGAAUCAAACUGAUUUGGCAAUGGGCUCGCAUGAAAGAGGAAGCAGCAGUGAACAAGAAAAACAACAUCAAAAUAACCUGCCUUCAUUAAAUAUCAAAGUGUGUAAAAAAGCAAUCAAGAUGGAGGAUAAUAUUUGUAAUAGCACCAAGCCAAAAGGCAGUGCUCGACGAUGGAGCCAUACUAUUUUGAAGGACUUUAACAACUGGAAUGAUUCUGGAGAUUUGGCAUUUGGUUCUUCAACUAAAAAUGCAAAUUUAAAUGAUAAAAAAAGACAAAGUCAAGAAUCACAGUUUAAAAUGGAAAGUCUUUUAGACUUGACUUCUUCAAAUAGUAAUUCGAGCAGUAAAAAUAUGCCAACAGAUAAUAUGACUACAGAUACUACGUCCAGAGCUUCUUCAGCCAAAUAUCACUACCUGAAACAAUCAAGGUAUCUGCCAGGAAUUAAUGCCAAGAAAACCCCAUUAGCCAAUCUAGGAAAAGAUUUCAAUGUUCACAAUCUCUGGGCCAACUCUAACCUUUCCAGUAAACCGUUAGGAGUCAUUGGAGGAGCUCUCCCCCUCAAUUGCACCAAUGCAGUUUAUGCCACUGGCACUGAUGCCCCUGGAGGAUACUCAUCGACAUUUCGUAAGAAAGAAGUUGGAUCAGCUGGCCAAAGAGUGCAGCUUGCACCAGUUGUGGAAACAGAUUCCAAUUAUGCAGCUUGGAAAUCUAGCCGAUCACAGUUGGGAUGUCAGCCAUAUAAUUCUUCAAGCAAAACCAUCAGUGGGAUGAUGCCACAUCCACAUCCAAUUCACGGGCGAAUUGACUGGUCUUCCAAAUAUGGAGGACAUCGAUAAAAAAAAAAGAUGUAUAUAACAGACAUAUGCAAGUCAGUGAUAUUAGUUUUUACAUAAUAUCUACUGAACAUCAAUUUUCUCAGUGAAAAAAAAUGCCACAUUUAAGGAUGAAUUUCAAACAAUUAUAUUUGGGGAUAGUUUGGUUUGUUUCCGUUGUAGUUUGUUUUCCCCCACACCUAGAAAAAUAUUUUUGCAAGAGCUUUUUUUGGAAUAUUUGCAGGUUAAUAAUUUAAUGCUUUUUACUCUUUUCUACUUCUGUAUAUAUUGUGUAAUGUGUAUAUAUAACAAGUUUCAGGGUUUGUUUAUUAAAGUGUAUUAAGUAUUUUGUUAAAGGACAGGGUAAUAGACACAUGCAGGUAUCUUUGCAUAUAAAAGUAGUAUUUAUAGGAUAUUCUUGACAACUCUAAUAUGGAGGUGCACAAAACGUGCGAGUCAUUGAAAUUUGCCUGUGGCAAUUAAGGAGGCAUUUUUUAAGGGAAAUUUUAUUCUAAAGUUUGAAAAAUCUUUUGAGUAGCAAACUUAUUGAAUGGGCUUCAUUUUUAAAACAUGGGGAUUAAAAAUAUUUGCAUUAUUUUCCGUCUUUUAGCACACAUCAUUCUCUGUCUAGGGAAUAGACAGUUCUGCCCUGGAUGCCUCCUGAUGUUACUGGCUAAAAGAAAUUGCACUGUGGUCUGCAUAUUUUCCUUUUUGUACCAGGGAGGAUCCAUUCCUUGAGCGACUAACUCUGCCACCUGGAAAAUUCUAACCACAAACCUUUUUUAUCCUGCCAUUAAAUGACGUCAGCACAUUUGCACUUGUGCCCUCUGCCAUUGCCCUUCUCCACCCUUCUUCCCAUGUCUGGCCCUUCCCUCUAUUUUCUGUUGGCAUUAGAAGUAACUUGUCAAGAAUGAUUUUCAUUAAAGUAUUGGUUUUAUGUUCUUGCAGCAGUAACGUUGUGCUGAGCACUUGGUCUACGUUUCUAUAGUUUAUGCAUCUGAAGAAUCAAGCCACAGAAACUGCAUCAAUGCUCUUCUCGUAUUUGCUGUCAGACAUGAAAUUUAGGAAUUGGCUUCUCUUAAAUUAUCUAGUGCAUUUUAUUAAAGCUUCCCAGAAUGGGUUCUUGGUAGACUGAUAUCUCUUUGACUAUCUUCACAACGGUAUUGCUGCAAGCCACGUAUUCAUUUUUUAUUCUCUGCCUAUGUAAUGUCCAUCUCGUAUCUGUCCAUUGCUGAAUUUAUUGAUCAUUCCAUAAUUCUGAAAAAUAUUCAGAUAUAAAGAUGUGUCACCGGUUCUUCCUCAACAAUAAGCAUUGAAUGGUCUCCACAUUAUAUACAUGGAAUGUCUUGAGACAUUUUUUGCAGCUUUAUGCCAGUAACUUCACUAAACAUUUCUGUGGUGUUUUGGGGUGGGAUUGCCCAUUUUCUUUUGUCAUUUUCUUUGUACUACUUGGAUGAUAAAAGGCAAGAUAUUCUUAUAUUUGCACUGGUCUGUUAAUACCCAUUAUAACUUGUAGCUUCUCGUUAGCUAUGCCUUAGUAAUCAAAUUAAAAUGCAUUGUAGCAAUGCAGGAAAUUGCAUAUAUGUUAAAUGAGCUUAGUAUUCUCCAUUUUAUAGAGUAGUGGUUUAAGAUUACUGAUACAAAUUUUCUCUAAAUAUACAAUGCCAUUAAUUUGAAAGAUUCACUGUUGCAACUAAUGUUUUUUUUAGAUCAUCCCGAAUGACAACAUUAAAAUUAUUUGUUUAAAAUA